AUGGAGAAAAGGGAGCAGGACACGCUUUCUGACCAGGAGGGAAAGGUUGACAGGGAGAACAAGACGACCCGGGACUUGAUCUGGGAAUCGUUCCUGAGGGUCACAGCCAAUGACAACAUCGGCAAGUGGCUGAACGAUGAAUAUGGCAACCAUGAAAAGAUGACCAUUGCAAUUGACCGGGUGGUGUUGUCUAGAGAUGCCCCAGUGGAACAUCGGUGCGUUUCUCUUGUCCCAACACAGAGCUUGAAUGAGUUGUGGGUAUCUCUGGAUCAACUGGACUACUCUUGCAACGCGAAGCAUGGGAGCUCCUUGGUUCUCUAA